GGGUGGAGAUGGGGGUACCCAGUUUGAGUUGACUCGAGUUAUCAAAUAUAUACAAAGAAAAACGAUUAUAUUUAUUUUUUUUAGGUCAAUAAACAAUUAAAUUUCAUAAUUAUUUUUUGUGUGCUCGAUAACUAUAACAUUUAGUUUUGUCAGUUGAAGUUUAGUCCCGCGGUCCCCCCCGCCGUGGUUUGGUUCGUUCCGGCGACGUUCGAAGUUGGAAGCGGGAGGAAGCAGCUGUCGUGUCGGUGAUGAUGUCUGUCUAAUACCCGGUGUCAUCGGCAGUGUACGUUAGUGUAAAACAACUCUGUAACAUUCAAAUAGAUCAAUAUUUCAUUUUAGUGAUAUCGAAAUACAUUAACAGCCGUUUAAACGUUUCAUACAAGGCGUAAGUCAUGAAGCGGAGCCGCUGUCUGGAUCGUUACUAAGCAACGCUAGCCUGUUUGCUAGCUCGCGACGUGAGUGUGUGUUAGCCACAACUUUUUGGCAAGAGCGGCGGUGUAAAAACACGUCUAAUUUGAUAUUUAAAUACCGUGCUGCCUUUUUUUUUUUUUUUGGUGGCGUAAUUAGAAUAGUGUUUGUAUAGGAUGGACGUGACUACGAGUUUGAAGUCUCUGCUGCUAGCUAUCCAGCAGUACAGGGGCAACAAGACAGCCCAGAACACCGUGCAGCUGCAGAGACAGGUGGAGGAGGUGUCGGGUCUGAAGUGUGACCAGCUGUUGUCUUCGGGUCAGGUGCUGCCCUCUGAGUGUGUGAGCGGGCUGGUGGAGCUGGCCGGGGACCCGAACAGCAUCCCUGCCCUCACAAGCACCAUCAUCUCUCUGCUGGCACAGCUGGCCUGUAAUGAUGAGAGCCGGGAGAUGCUCCACAGCAGCUACAACCUCACCAGCACCCUGGCCUCCAUAAUCCACUGCCACAGUGCCACACCUGGAGAGCCGCUGGUACUGCAGUGUCUACAGCUGCUGCAGAAACUGACGUACAACACGAGGACGUUCCACACCACAAACUACAUCCACGAGCUUGUAGCGUUUCUUGUGACCAACAUCCAGUCUCAGAAUGAUGACAUCAUCAUGCCGUGCCUGGGCCUCAUGGCCAACCUGUGUCGCUACAACCACUCAGUGCAGAGCCACAUCAAGUCUCUGGAUAAUGUUAAGCCAUUCUACCGUACACUGAUCAAUUUCCUGGCCCACAACAGUCUGACUGUGGUCGUUUUCACCUUGUCCAUCCUGGCUAGCCUCACACUCAACGAGAAGGUUGGAGAGAAGCUGUUUGAUGCAAAGAACAUCCACCAGACUUUCCAGCUUGUUUUCAACAUCAUCGUCAAUGGCGACGGCACUCUGACCAGGAAGUACUCUGUUGAUCUUUUGGUUGACCUGCUGAAGAGCCCCAAGAUAGCAGACUAUCUCACCAGGUAUGAGCAUUUCUCAGCGUGUGUGUCUCAAGUCUUGGGGCUCCUGCAUUCAAAAGACCCAGACUCUGCAGCGAAGGUGCUGGAGCUGCUCCUGGCUCUGUGCAGCAUCUCGGGGCUGCGCUCUCUGCUGUGCGAGGUGGUUUUCCGGCCGGCGGGACUCAAACUGAGAGCUGGGGGUCGCAGGCAGGGAGCGGGCCUGGACAAGGCGGAGCCCGGGCUGGCUCUGGUGCAGUGGCUGAGCUCACCUGUGGAGGGCGCCGAGUCCUGCUCCCUCCAGGCCCUGCAGCUGCUGAGCGAGCUGCUGGAGGAGGCGUUGGGAGCAGACAGUGUGUCGGCGUCAGUGUUGAGCUUUGUAGAAAUGUUGCUCCCGGUCCUGUUGGGGCUGCUGAAGGGCCUCAAUCCUGCACAGGGAGAGGCUCAGCUGAGGAAACACUGCCUUCGUGUCACAAAUGUGACCAAUCUGCUGCUGGUCCUGUGCUCUGAGGACUCGGCCAGGCAGCUGGUGUCUCUCCAGGUGAGCGCUAAGCUCUGCCUCUCACAGGUCGAAUCCCUCCUCUCCUGUUGUCAUAGCAACAACCCCCUCAGCUGCCCGCCUCCUGGCUCCGACACCGACCUCAGCCAGGUGUGUGCCGAGGCUGUGCUGAAGACUCUGGAGCUGAUGAGUAAGCUGAGACAGCAGGUGAAGGACAUGGAGACCAGCUUCUACAAGAUCCUGCAGGACCAGAGGAUGGUGACUCCCUUCUCUCUGGCCCUGACGUCCCAUUGCAGAGAGCGAGUUCAGACCGGCCUGGCGUUGCUGUUUGAAGCCACGCCCCUCCCAGACUUCCCCUCGCUGAUUCUAGGGGAAAGUAUAGCUGCCAACAACGCCUAUCGGCAGAGGGAGGCUGAGCUGUCUGUGAAGCGCGUCGCAGUGCAGGACGUCCCGACCGCCAGGACCAAUAUCAGCACACUGGACUCCUCCACUGCUUCCAGCAGGAGCGUUCAUAAUCUAAUUGAAAAACUACAGACCGGCUUGGAGCUGCAGGAACAGGUGGAAGACCUGAGAGUGUCUGAGAUCAUCGACGUGUAUGAACAGAAGCUGUCAGCUUUAGCGUCGAAGGAGAGUCGUCUGCAGGAUUUGUUGGAGGCCAAGGCUCUGGCUCUCUCUCAGGCCGACCGCCUCAUUGCUCAGUAUCGCUUCCAGAGAGCGCAGGCUGAAGCUGAGGCCCGUAAGCUGGGCGGCCUGCUGAAGGAGGCGGAGCGGCGGCGGGAGGAGCUGCAGGGCGAGCUGGGGAGCCAGGUGCUGGAGGUGGAGCGCUCCAAGGCCGACAUGGAGGAGCUGCUGCAGCACAACGCCAGGCUGCAGCAGGACUCGCAGGAGCACCAGGCGCUGAAAGGAGCCUACAACUCCUUGCUCAACAGGUUUAAUGAGAGCGAGCGUCUGCUGAAGGAGCUGCAGGCGGCUCACAUCGCCCUGACCAAGCAGAACGACACCCUGAGGAAGAGCCACGAAGCGCUACGACUGCAGCACGACAAGACGGUGUUGGCGCUGGAGGACAGGGAGGAGAAGAUCACGUCGCUUCACUCAGAGCUGCAGCAGAGAGACGCUGACAUCACAGGUCUGCGUGUGGAGCUGCAGGCGGAGGAGCAGCGGACGAAGGAGAAGGAUCAGGAGAGGAGGGAGCUGGAGGAGACGGUGGACGUCCUGAGGAAGGAGCUCAACAAGACGGAGCAGGCCAGGAAGGACGCCAGCAUCAGGGCCUCGUCUCUGGAGCUGCAGAAGGGCCAGAUGGAGGCCAAGCUGAGGCAGAAGGAGGAGGAGCUGAACAAACACUCGGCCAUGAUCGCCAUGAUCCACAGCCUGAGCAGCGGCAAGCUGAAGAGCGACGUCAACCUGUCGCUCUGACCACCAAACACAGACUUCUGAUCGUUAUUUUAACCAGUCAAAUAAACCUAAGUGCAGUGUAGGAUUUUAAAUAUGAAUCUAUUGUCUCCUUAUGAAUUACUCCUUUUUAAUGUCAUGCUGGACUUGUGUUUUAAUAUUAAUACGAAUAUUUGUAUUUUUUAUGUGUCUGUCUUUAUUGUUUGGUAAUAAAUGAUGAACAUGUGUUGGU